AUGAAUAUAGAUGAUUGUCACCCUAACCCAUGUAAUGGUGGAACAUGUACUGAUGGUGAUAAUACGUUUACUUGUAGUCACUGUCCAAGUGGUUUUGAAGGAUCACUCUGUGAAUGUGGCAUAGAUGAAUGCGACCCCAAUCCAUGCGCAAAUGGUGGACAGUGUGUUGACACUACUAAUGACUAUGUUUGUAUAUGUACUGAUGGUUUUACUGGUGAAAACUGUGAAUGUGACAUCAAUGAGUGUGGACAUGAUCCAUGUUUAAAUGGAGCUACAUGUUUAGAUCAACUAGGAGAGUAUGUGUACAUAGAAGAUUGUGAUGGUCAUUCUUGUGGAAAUGGACUUUGUACUGAUGAAGUUAAUGGUUUUACUUGUUCUUGUAACACUGGAUUCACUGGAAAAUUCUGUGAAUGUGAAACUGAUGAUUGUUCAGGAUCGCCAUGUCAGGGUAAUUCUGAAUGUGUUAACACUAUUGGUGGACCUGGAUUUACCUGUGAUUGUUCAGUAGGUUUAACCGGCAUGAAUUGUGAAACUGAUAUCAAUGAAUGUGCUCAUGACCCAUGUAACAAUGGUGCCACGUGCUUAGAUCUUCUAGGUGACUAUGUUUGUCAGUGUGCUCCAGGUUACAUUGGACAUACCUGCAACACAGACAUCGAUGAUUGCAGUGGUUCACCGUGUGAUAACGGUGGUACAUGCACUGAUAUGGUUAAUGAUUUCCAAUGUACAUGCGCACCCGGCUACACAGGUGUCACGUGUAGUAUAGAAAUUAACGAAUGUGAAUCUAACCCAUGUACCAACGGAGGAAUUUGUGUGGAUAAAUUUAAUGGAUUUGAUUGUUAUUGUUGUCGUCCAUAUUUCGGUGAAACAUGUAGCGAGAGUAAAGAUAAACAUGGGGACGAUGGUGAAGAAGGUAGUGGUGCUGUGACGGUGGAAGAAGGUGGUGGUGGUGGUAAAAGAAAGAAGCGCAGUACACAUAAUAAAAGAUCAGCACAGUUUGGUUAUGGGGAUUAUGCCCCUCAUGGUGACUAUUAUGACGAUUAUUUCUAUGAUAGAUUAUUUAACUAUAAUCAAUAUGGUUUUGGGCUUCAACCUUGGCCAAGACAAAGACCAAGUUAUGGGCGUGGAUAUAAAAAGCACCCCGGACAUAAGAACGGAAAGUCAUGCGGACACAAGCACAAAUGUAAUGUUUUCGCGCUAAGAGGUGGACAUCAUAAUGGAUAAAAAGUUUAGGAUCUAAACACAAUGAUUUAACAUACAAUCCAAUGUUGUAACAUAUAACCCAAUGUUAUGACAAUGCUGUAACUUAUACCCACUGUUGUAACAUAUCUAAACCAA